CCACACAGCUGUUCGCCUUGUCUCCCAUUCGCUGGUUAUCUCCAAACAUUCGCCUUCUGCCGGAGACGGCGCAGUUCCAAACAAAUCGGGGCAGAAGCAUCAACAGCCAACUGCCCGAAACACCCAGCACGUGCAGCGCCAGAAGACGCACUGCAGCAGAAACCAAAACACAGACGUUUGAAGCCGGAGCAUAGCAUGCAAUGAAUGCAUUGCGCAACAUCUUUACCUCGCGAACGCUCAACUACCUGCGCCAGAAUGGACAGAACGCGAUCCUCAAUGCCACGCAGCAGCAGCCAACGGCUGCAGUGGAGCUCUCCGAUGCCGAAGCCUCGCUGAAGCCGCGUCCCGCUCCGCUCUCCAUACCGCGUUCCAUUCUCGACGCUUGCCACUUCACGGCCAAGCCCUUCGAAGCCGGACGCACUAGUGGCCAGGCAUCCAGUGGUUCGCUGUCGCCGACAACACUGAAGAGAUUCCGUCGCAUGCAGCGCCGCAUGGAGCUGGUGUAUCGCUGCAAGCUGUGCAACACCCGCAACACGAAGACCAUCAGCGAGGAGGCCUACUACAGCGGCGUUGUUAUCCUCCAGUGCGACGGCUGUGCCGUCGAUCAUCUAAUCAAGGACAAUCUCGGUCUAUUUACCGCCAGCGAUGGCAGCGACAGCAGCAGCAUCAGCUCCGGGAUCAGUACCAGCAAGAAUAUCGAUCAGGUGCUCUCCGAGCGGCAUGCUCGCGUCCGUGUGAUCAAGGUGAACGAGCGUGGCGAGCUCAUUUAGGCAUCUAGUCAGGGCAUCAGUACGAAGGAGAAUAUCCACCUGGUGCCUGCCUCUCAGUCAACCUGUGAAUCGUGUCCAAGGAGGACUCACUCAGCCAGGGGGGACAGCCCACGAAGAGCAACUGCAUCUGCACCCGCACCCGCUACAGUACACCUGAACAGCAAGCAAGCAAGACUGUUUGCAAGAAGACAGCCGGCUAAAACUAUGAUAAUUUUACCAUUAUAAAUUGUUGAUUGUUUCCGGGCCCGUGAGUAAUGCCGUGAUUAAAACAACGAACGUCCCAGUGUUCGAAUUCUAUAUAGAAAA